UGUGAUCACGGUAGACCUACCAAGAUGCCUGCUGUUAACUGCACAAUCCCUGGCUGCGACUACAAGACACUAGACCUCAACGCUGCUAUCGUUGCCGCACUCCUCACUGCCCACAGGACAAUUCACACAUAUGGACAAGCUGCCAAGGUCGAGAAGGUCAAGAGACCAACGAUUGCUGCUGCUGGCACUAGCGAGGAAUGGGCGUACUUCAAGUCACGGUGGUCUGACUACGCUGAUGCCACCAAGAUCACCGGGAAGGACAAGGUUGCAAAGCUCCUGGAAUGCUGCAAUAAACUUCUACGCAAGGAUCUCACAAGAGCUGCUGGUGGCAGCCUCACCAACAAAACUGAGGAUGAGGAGACAAGAACCAGGACAUGGGCUUGAAAUAUGUCUUCCAGUUUAUUGAGGCAAAAGAGGCCGGGAAACACUCUGCCUCCUCCCUCCUGGACUCACACGCGGUGGAAGCAGCCAGCAGCUCCUAUCUUAAAACCAGACAGACACAUAUCAAGGAGAAGCAAGAAGCAUGCACCUACUGCGGUAAGAAGAGACACGGACGGAGCGCCCCAGUUCAUAUCCGCAAUACGUAGUGUACAGCCUAUGAACAGAUAUGUGGAGACUGUGACAAGUUCCAUCAUAUGGAGAAUGUCUGCCGCAGCAAGGGCAAGCCACGACACCAACAGUCAGCCGUCUCUGGUGAACACGUGAUCAUUGGUGACCGCAACUAAUUCCAAGACAGUGGACUUAACAAAGAGACAGGGUUCUUAUUUAGUUAUAGCUAGUUUGAACGACAUUUUACGAAUGCAAUUUUCUGUAAUUGUGCUUGUAGCAAAGAAUUAUUAACGUGCGUGUGCACGGUAUAGUUGGUAUAAACGCAAUGUAACGCUCCAAAAAAAACAAAAAUGUAUAGAAAAUAAUUAAACACCAUAUGAUUACACCAUAUUAAUUAAGAGUAGAUAAUAACACAUGUGUUAUUAUCUACUCUUGAUAUUAAUACAUAGACAUAAUAAUUUUACACAUUUUGGGAAUUACAUGAAGUUAAAGUCAUUACUUAUAGCAGUCAUAGUAAUGAUAAAGGAUAUGCGGCAUAUAAUAUAUGCUGCAUUUGUUGUCACAUUAAUUCUCACCAUGCCGCACCGAAUUGUAUUAUAUUCAUACUUAUAUAGAUAUAUAAAAAAACAAAUUGUUUGUCUAUGGAAUAACCAAAGACCCUAUACACUAUUACUAGUACGUAUAUAAGGUCGUUUGUACAACCAGAGCACGUUAUACAAGAUACGUUCAGGCCGUAGGUUGAGCAAAUGCCUAGCGGCGCUGAGAGGGUCUAUAUCCCCAGGGUACUGCCGGAACGUACCC